ACUUUGCGUUAUAAAAUACUUAACUUUUCAUCAGUAAACACAUCGUAAUAUGACUGGAAUAUUUCAGUUGUUAUUAUUGGUCAUCGCGACUCUCGCGUCCGAGCCAUCGUGUCCAGCGUGCUCCAAAUACGAUUAUGAGGAAAAGGUGCUCGAGAGAAUGAUCCGCAUGGAGUUCGCUUUUGAAAAGGUAUUAGACGAAAACAAGGCUGUGAGCAAAUCUGUUCAGCUAGACCUAACGCGGAUCAAGGAAGAAAACGAACAUUUGCACGCCACCGUUGACGCUCUAAAGGAACAACAGGAGCAUGCAGAACGUAGACUGAUUUCGCUGAUGGAGGAAGUUGAGAGAAACCAGUCCAGCACACUUGAGAAUGUUGUGACCGAAUCUAACAAUACGUUAAAACAUAUAAGUGCCGCCUUCAAUGUUAUUAAAGAUAAAGUAAUCGUCCCAGAGGUGUAUUUCCACGCCCGCUCGCCACAGAGCACCACCCUUACCACAGGUGAGGUGAUCGUGUACAAGACAGUAGAGACCAACCAGGGCAACGGCUACAACGCUACUACGGGGAAGUUCACCGCUCCAACACGGGGACUCUACUUGUUCUUCAUGCACACGUGCACACCAUACAACAAAUAUAGUUUUCUGCAGAUAGUGAAGGAAGGCUCACUCCUCAUCGCAAGUGUACAUCGUGACAGUAACAAUUAUGUAUGUUCCAGUAGUCAGGUGUUUGUUCAGCUAAAUGACAGGGAAAGUGUCUGGGUACAAUGUUCGAGUGGUGGCUCGACCACACAAUUGUAUGAUAGUUCAAAUUAUUGGUCAAGUUUUGGUGGUGCUAUCAUUCACAACUGA